UCUGCAAUCAGAAAAUAUCACCAGGAUGAUCCUCUUGACUUCCUGUCUGAACUGAGGAAUGAAAACUUGCAUAAAGGUUACAAUGAGCAACAAAGAAAUUUCAUUACCUUUAAAAUCCAUACAUUUUAUACAGUAAAUUAGUUAAUUUAAUCCAUGCAUUCUGCUUUCUCUGCAUUGUCUUUGUAAUUUCUUCAAAGAUUUCAAGGAUAAACUCCGAACAGACCUCAAGAAGACAAUUCUCAAACGGUAUGAACAGGAACUGACAAGACAUCAAUGCGACACAGAACUGUAUGAAAUAGAAGAAAAAAACAAGAAAGAUAAAGUACUAACCUACAAAUCAUUAUUUGAGAAGUCAAAUACAGAGAAAGUGCGAACAGUACUGAUGAAGGGAGUUCCUGGCAUUGGUAAAACAUUUCAAACCCGCCGCUUCAUGGUUGACUGGGCAAACAGAAACUCCAACAAAAAGAUAGACUUGAUAGUCACGUUUAAUUUCACGGAGCUAAACUCAGAAAAAGAAAAAGUUCAAAGCAUGAAAGAUCUGCUUCAUUGUUCCCUCAAGGACAGUAAACAUGGAAGAGAUUACAGUUAUGACGACUGUAAAAUACUUUUUGUCCUUGAUGGUUUGGAAAAAUGUGAACUUCCUCUGGACUUUGAAAAGAACAAAGAACUGACUGAUAUGGAAAAGCCAGCCUCAAUGGAUGUGCUGCUAACAAACCUCAUUGUGGGAACUUUGCUUCCCUCUGCUCUUCUUUGGAUCAUCUCUCAGCCCUCAGGAAUUGAUAAGAUUCCUCCUGGAUAUAUUCAUAAAAAGACAGAAUGUCGAGAGAUGUUGCACCGACGGAUGCAGCUGAUAUCAGCCCUAAGAGAAAGACUUCGUAGAGAGAACACUCAAGAUGAAGACAUGCAUCAUCCUAACAAAAAAAACACAGAACACAUCAUGAGAGAAGACAGAAGUGCUGAGGUCAAUGUUGAAGAGCAAAAUGGACGUAUUGUCCCACAAUCAGUGACUCCAGUGAAUGCUGUACCUGAUCUCUUCAAAGCUAGAAAAGGACAAACUGUCAGAACUGUGCUGACUAUAGGAGAAGCUGGUAUCGGAAAAUCUUACAAUGUGCAGAAAUUCAUAAAUGAGUGGGCUAAAAAGAACAAAAGGUCAUUUCUUUCCAAAGGUGCUGAAGAUGCUGAAGUUGUAUUCCCACUUAACCUUUCUAAGUUUAAUUUGAUAAAAGAGAAAGAAGUCAGUUUCUUGGGACUUCUUAAUCAUUUCUUCAAGGAAACAAAAUCGUUUAUAAUUUCUAAUUUUGAACAGUUCAAAGUUUUGUUUGUUUUGGACGGACUGGAUGCUUAUGAACCUCCGCUCAAUUUUGACAACAACAUCACCUUGACUGAUAUGAGAGAGCCAGCGUCAGUGGAUGUGCUACUGACAAAUCUCAUCAGAGGGACCCUGUUUCCCUCUGCCAGGCUGUGGAUAACCUCCCGAUUGAAGUUGCCUGAUAUGUGUGUUGACAGGAUAACAGAAAUCCGAAGUAAGCCUGAUAUUGUAAGUCAACAGAAACUCAAAACCCAGCUGAAGGAGCAGUUCACACACGUGUCUGAGGGGAUUGAUAUGCAGAGAAAAUCUUCAUCUCUGAAGGAUAUCUACACAGAUCUCUACAUCAUAGAGGGAGAGCGAGGAGAGGUCAAUGAUCAGCAUGAGGUCAGACAAGUGCAAGAUGCAAAGUUCAAAGACAGUUCACAAGAAACAUUGAUCAAAUGUCAUGACAUCUUCAAACCAGGAUCUGGAGACAAUAAGUGCAUUAGAACUGUGCUAACAAUCGGAAUGGCGGGCAUUGGAAAGUCAUUUGCCACAAUGAAGUACAUGCUGGACUGGGCUGAGGGUACAGCCAACAAGGACAUAUUUUAUAUAUUUCCUCUUUCUUUUCGGGAGCUGAAUUUGAGAAAAGAGGAAACACACAGUUUGGAGAAACUCAUUCAUGAUUUUUUCCCAGGUAUGGAGACAUCAGAAAUAAGAGAUUAUGACAAGUACAAGAUUUUGAUUAUCCUGGAUGGUUUUGAUGAAUGCCGCUUUAAUCUUGACUUUAAUGAAAGUGAACAUCGCAAGGGCAUGAGAGAGACCAGCUCAGUGAGCGUUCUGUUGACAGACCUCAUCCAGGGAAAUCUGCUGUCUAAAGCUCAAAUCUGGAUCACCUCCAGGCCUGCAGCAUCUAACUUUAUCCCUGCUGGUGAAGUUGACCGGGUUACAGAAGUGCGAGGAUUCUGUGACGAGCAGAAGGAGGAGUACUUCAGGAAGAGGUUCAGUGACAAGGAUUUGGCUGAGAAAGUCUUGUCACAUGUAAAAAAAUCAAGGAGCAUUUAUAUCAUGUGUCACAUCCCUGUCUUCUGCUGGGUCACAUCAAAGGUUCUGGAAGACCUUGUGAGCAGAAACGAAGAAGAGAGGAUGCCAAAGACUUUGACUGACAUGUACAUAUACUUCCUUUUGUUAGAAGCCAGACAAACUAAUGUGAAGUAUGGUGAAGAUGGGACAGGUGAGAGUUCUGAGACAGAUUCAUGCUGGAAUAACAGGAACCAGAAAACAAUCAAAUCUCUGGGAAAACUGGCCUUUGAAGGGCUAGUGAAAGGAAACUUUCUUUUCACUGAAAAUUUCUUGGAAGAGGUUGGUGUUGACAUCACAGAGACUGCAGUCUUCUCUGGCUUGUUUACUCAGAUUAAACAAGAAGGCCGUGGACUGUACCAACAGAAAUUUUUGUGCUUUGUCCAUCUGAGCAUUCAAGAGUUCCUGGCAGCUUUUUAUGUCUUUCACAAAUUCAGUAAUGAAGGUGAAAAUCUGCUGACCCCAUCUGCUUCAACAAUGGCAAAGUUACCUGCAUUAGACUUCUACAAGAUAGCAGUGGACAAGGCUUUAGAUAGCAAAAAUGGAGACUGGGAUCUAUUUCUCCGCUUCCUGCUAGGCCUGUCUUUGGAGACAAAUCAGAAUCUACUGCCUGAGCUGCUGAAAAAGACAGAACAUAACAAGGAGACCAACAAGGAAACCAUUGCAUACAUCAAAGAAAAGAUAAGCGAAGAAAACAGCGAUCCUGAUAAAAAUUAUAACCUUUUCCACUGUCUAAAUGAGCUCAAUGAUCACUCUCUUGUGGAGGAAGUCAAAAAGUACCUGCAUUCUGACGCACAGAUAUUUGAAAAUUUCUCUCCUUCCCAGUGGUCAGCUCUGACUUUUGUACUGCUAACAUCAGAAGGAGAUCUUGAUGUGUUUGAUCUGAAAAAUUACUUAAAAUCAGAGAAGGUUCUUCUAGGAAUGUUGUCAGUGGUCAAAGUCUCCAAAACUGCUUUGCUGAGUUGGUGUGAGCUCUCCGCAGAAUCCUGCAAAGGUCUGUCAUCCUCAGUCCUCAGCUCGGCAUCUUCUAAUCUCACAGUGCUGGACCUGAGUCAUAAUGACCUGCUGGACUCAGGUGUGGAGUUACUUGCUAAGGGCCUAAAUAGUUUACACUGUAAACUGGAGAUUCUCAAGUUGUCAGGUUGUCAAGUGACAGAGAAAGGUUGCUCAUUCCUGGCCUCAACUCUCCAGUCCAAAAUAGCUUCCUCCCUAAAACAUCUGGAUCUGAGUUACAAUCACCCAGGAACCAAUGGGAAGAGAAUGCUCUCUGAUAUAGCUCAGGAUCCAAACAAGACCCUGAAGAUACUUUGUUUCGACCAUGAUGGAGAGCAUCGAUUAAAGCCAGGACUUAAGAAAUAUGGUGCAGAUCUGAAGCUUGAUGAAAACACAGCAAGCAGGAGGCUUGUUCUGUCUGAAGGAAACAGGAAAGUAAAAACUGUACAGAUGGUGGAGGAGAAGGUGGAACGACCUGAAAACAAAGACAGGUUUAAGAGGACUCAGGUGCUUUGUGAAAAGGGCCAAGAAGGUCUUUGUUACUGGGAGGUGGAGUGGAAAGGGACAGUCGGCAUCGCAGUUACAUAUAGAGGAGUGGGUAGAAAAUGGGAUAGUAACAGUGGCCUAGGGUGUAAUGAAAUGUCCUGGAGUCUGAUCUGUCAAAAGAAGGGAUACACUGCCAUACAUGGGCAGACAACAACAAAUAUUGAUAUGCCCCUUUGCCAUAAAAUAGCAGUGUUUUUGGAUUGGGAAAGAGGUACUCUGACUUAUUACAGUGUCACUGCAGGAAAAUUGAGGCUCAUACACACUUUUAAUGCCAAAUUCACAAAGCCCCUCUUUCCAGGCUUCUGGUUUCGGAGGGGGUCUGUGACUUUGUGUGAGAUAGACUGAACUCCUGUGCGAACACUGUGUAGGAAGUAAGAGAGUGACUGAAAUCCCAUGUCGUCAAGUUAAUCAUAAUGACGAAAACUAACUUUUUUUCUACAACUAUAACAUAUACUGUAUAUUUGACCUGUUUCUGAUUUGUCUUACAUGUUGUCAAAAUGUCCUUGCCUGUAAAACAUUUACAUCCUACUCAAUUUUUUUUCACUAAUAUUUUUGUGUACAGUAUAGUACAGUAUAUUUUGUUCACAUUAUAAUAUUAUAAUACUGUAGUGGACAACUUCGCUGACUCUUCUGUUUUCAGUUGUUUUUAGCUGAUAAAAUUAAUUGCUGUAAGAUUUUGAAUACACUUAAUGUUUAUUACUUCAUUAUUUUUUGUUAAUUAACUAAUUAACUUGUUGAUCACCCUUGAUUGUCACCCAUCUCUACAUGCCCAUAUGUACGUUCAAACAUUUUUUUUUCUUGCCGUAAUAGUUCCUCCUGUUAAUACUGACCAAUUAUAGGUCCAUUCCAAUCAUGCUUCCAAUGUAAGUGAUAGGGGACAAAAUCCACAUUUCACUUUUAGUGCCUCUUCUCUCCAGUCAGACAAGAGAAGAGUAAAACUGAAAAAAUAGACAGGACUGUCUAUACACUGUAUAGACAAAAGUGCCUAGACAUACCUCCUUAUGAGGCUAUUUUUCAGGGGUUGGUCUGGGCCCCUUUCUUCCAUUGAAGGGACAUCUUACUGCUUUAGCAUACCAAGACAUUUUGGACAAUGCUAUGCUUCCAACAUUGUGUCAACAGUUUGCACAAAGCAAGGUCCAUAAAGACAUGGUUGGAUGAGUUUUGUGUGGAAGAACUUGACCGGUCCAAACAGAGCCCUGAACUCAAUCCCAUCAAACACAUUUGGGAUGAACUGGAAGGGAAUGGAGACUGCGAGCCAGGCCUUUUGAUUCAACAUCAGUGUCUGAAUUCACAAAUGCUCUACUGCAUGAAUGAGCAAAAAUUCCCACAGAAACACUCAAAAAUCUUGUGGAAAGCCUUCCCGGAAGAGUGGAAGCUGUUAUAGCUACAAAGCUGUUUAGAAUGUGAAUGUGUCAUUAAAAUCCCUAUUGGUGCAAUAGUGAGGUGUCCCAUUGCUUUUGUUCAUGUAGAUUAACUAUUUUAUUUCAUCAUAUACUUUAAUCUCCAGAGCUGCUUAAGUUACACAAAAUAACCAAUGAGUUUGACACUGCUUGUUUUUUCAGAAUUAUUUGAGACCUAAUUUUAAUCUUCCCACAGCUCAUGAUGAUUCUCCAGUUAAGUUCAAUUCAAUUCAGUUCAUACUUUCCAACUAGAGCAGGUCUGGACCAAACCCUUAAAUUAAAUUUUGUAAUACAGAGAACCCAACAUUCCCCAAUGAGCAAGCUCUUGGCGAGUGUGGCAAGGAAGAACAAUGAGAGAUGCUUAGCAACAGCAAUAAUACCAGAGGUAUUGGAACUAUAGAUAAUGAUAAUGAUGAAGUAUACAGAAGGUGCUAUGGUGAAUAUGAUAACCCUAGUAGUAACAAUAAUAAUGGUAGUAGCUGCACAGAAUAGUAAAAGAAUUAAAAUAGAUUAUGUGUAAACAGUAGUAAUAGCAGUAGGUUUCAAGCAGAACUGCAACAGGAAAUCCAACCACAAUCCAUGGGAAGCUGCGAGAUGAGAAAGCACAAGUGCUCAAAGACUACGGGGAAGAAGUUGAGUUAGUAACAUGGAUUAAGGAAGAGAGAGCUCAGUGUGUCGUGGGAGCUCCCUCCGGCAGUCUAAAUCCGUAGCAGCAUAACUAGAGGCUAGUCUAGGCCAGCUCUAGCUAUAAGCUUUAUCAAAAAGGAAAGUCUACUCUUCUAUC